ACAACUAAUAAUUAAUCUUAAGAAGCAGAAGAAGAAUGGCGUUGCAAUUGGAGACCCUACUCAUUGUCGGCUCACUGCUGUUACCGACAGCAGCUGCCACAACAGCCAAAGGAAGGCGGAACUGUGGAGGCAGAUGUGGAGACAUUGAAAUCCAAUACCCAUUUGGUAUUAGAGCUGAUUGCUCCAUGGACAAUUGGUUUGUGAUCGAUUGCAUUCAAACUGCAAACUCUACUACACCUUUCAUAAGCAGUAUCAACUUGGAGCUGCUAAAUAUCGACUAUGCACAAAGCCACGUAAUAGUAAAGGGUCCAAUAUUCUCCUACAAGUGUAGCCACCCCAACACUGGCCAAGCAGUGAAUUUAACGAACACAUCAUUCGCCUUUUCAGUUUUCAACAUCUUCGCCGUUGUGGGCUGCAACAACCGUGCUGUGCUAUCAUCUUCUCAGCUAGACUGUGUAGGAUGCCAACCGACCUGCGAAGAGAAUGUCAAGCCUCAAGGGUGCUAUGGAAACAGAUGCUGCCAAGCCCCAAUCCCUCAUUAUCAACAGAUAUUUGCGCCUAGUUUUGAAGAUUUGGAUGAUGAACAAUGCAGGAUGGCCUUCGUAGCGAGAAGACAAUGGUUCAAGUAUAACGUGCAAGAUCCCUAUAAGGUGCAAGAAUUGGAAUAUGUUCCAAUUCUUCUGGAUUGGAAAAUGAAUGCAAAAGCCUUAGGAUCGUUUAUAAUUGAUGAGGAUUCUUCCUACUAUGAUCCCAUUGCUUACUAUGACAAAUCUGAUUUCCCUUACCCCUACAACACAGCUUUAAGGUGUCGUGAUGGCUUCACAGGCAAUCCUUAUCUACCUCAUGGAUGCCAAGAAAGUAAUGAAUGCAAGGAUCCAAUGGUGCGAAGUCGCUGUCAUGGAUUAUGCAUAAAUACAAAAGGCUCUCACAAAUGCGUGCUCAAGAGAUCUUGGAUCAUUAUUCUAAGUAUCAGUGUGGCCAUUGGAACAUUGAUUCUCCUGCUUAGUACAUGGUGGUUAUAUGAAUUUAUUAAGAAAAGAAAACAGAUAAAGCGUCGAAGAAAAUUCUUUGAGCAGAAUGGUGGUUUGUUAUUGCGCCAACAACUCCGUCCAAGUCAUGGCAACGUUGAAAGGACCAAAAUCUUUAGUUGUAAGGAGCUGGACAAAGCCACAGAUCACUUUAACGUAAGCAGAAUUCUAGGUCAAGGAGGACAAGGCACCGUUUAUAAAGGAAUGUUGGUUGAUGGAAGAAUAGUUGCAAUAAAAAAAUCCAUGAAAGCAAACAAAGCAAAAGUUGAAGAAUUCAUUAACGAGUGCGUCAUUUUAUCACAAAUUAAUCACAGAAAUAUUGUAAAACUUCUUGGGUGUUGCUUAGAGACUGAGGUUCCUCUUCUUGUCUAUGAGUUCAUCCCUAAUGGAACCCUUUAUCAGUAUCUUCAUCAUCAAAACAACGAGUUUCAAUUAACAUGGGAAAUGCGAUUACAAAUUGCUACCCAAGUUUCUAGAGCAAUUUCAUAUCUGCACUCAGAAGUAUGCAUCCCGAUUUAUCAUCGAGAUAUUAAGUCUACAAAUAUAUUGUUGGAUGAAAAAUAUACAGCAAAAGUUUCAGAUUUUGGAGCUUCAAGGUAUAUUCAAAUUGAUAGAAGUCAUCUGACUACUCAUGUAAAGGGAACCUUUGGAUAUGUAGAUCCAGAGUACUUUCAAUCAAGCAUGCUUACUGAAAAGAGCGAUGUCUAUAGUUUUGGUGUUGUCCUCGUCGAGCUCUUGACUGGACAGAAACCUGUUUCUUCAGAAAGAGUACAAGAAGGAAUUGGUUUGGCCGCUUGUUUCAUUCUUUCAAUGGAAGAUGAUAAACUCUUUGAUAUAAUUGAUACGCAAAUUGUGAACAAAUGUGAUAGAGAAGAGAUUAUUGCAGUGGCUAAUCUUGCAAAAAGAUGUCUGAACUUGAACGGCAAGCUGCGACCCACUAUGAAAGAAGUGUCGAUAGAGUUGGAAGGGAUUCGAUUAUCUCAUAAAGAUAGAAAUGUUCAACAUAACGUUGGUAAUGAAAUUGAACCAAACCCUUCUAAUACUUCAUCUGCUUCGUCUGCUUCAAGUUCUAAGAGUCAAGUUUCAAACAUAUCAUCUUUAAAGCAGCGACAGUGAAGGG